CCGGCACUAUUAGACAGCGUGACUUUGAACGCUCUGGCUGCAGUGCGUGUUGCUGAGCACACACGGAGUGGCUGAACCUCCGCACCGGCUCUGCAUUUGUCAUGAGGCUGCUGGGCGCAGCCGCUGUCACGGCUCUGGGACGCGGGCCGCUCCCGCGGAUCCCGGCCGUCCUGGGCUGGAGGGGGAAGCAGAUUAAUUGGAAGGUCUGCCGAUGGUGUUCUUCGGAGGUGAUUCCUAAUGAAAGGAUAAGAAAUAUUGGAAUCUCAGCUCACAUUGAUUCUGGGAAAACUACUUUGACAGAACGAGUACUUUACUACACUGGCAGAAUUGCAAAGAUGCAUGAGGUGAAAGGGAAGGACGGAGUUGGUGCUGUCAUGGACUCCAUGGAACUGGAGAGACAGAGAGGAAUCACCAUUCAGUCGGCGGCCACCUACACCGUGUGGAGAGACACUAAUAUCAACAUCAUAGACACGCCUGGGCACGUGGACUUCACAAUAGAAGUUGAAAGGGCCCUGAGAGUGUUAGAUGGCGCCAUCCUCGUGCUGUGUGCGGUCGGAGGGGUGCAGUGCCAGACCAUGACUGUGAAUCGGCAGAUGAAGCGCUACAACGUUCCAUUUCUAACCUUCAUUAACAAACUGGACCGGAUGGGCUCCAGCCCCACCAGGGCCCUGCAGCAAAUGAGGUCUAAACUAAGUCAUAAUGCAGCGUUUAUGCAGAUACCCAUUGGUUUGGAGGGUGAUUUUAAAGGUAUUAUAGAUCUUAUAGAAGAACGAGCCAUCUAUUUUGAUGGGGACUUUGGCCAGAUUGUUCGAUAUGAGGAGAUCCCAGCAGAAUUCAGGGCAGCGGCAGCUGACCACCGGCAGGAGCUGAUUGAAUGUGUUGCCAAUGCAGACGAGCAGCUUGGUGAGAUGUUCCUGGAAGAGAAAAUCCCCUCAGUUUCUGAUUUAAAGCUUGCAAUCCGAAGAGCUACUUUAACGAGGUCAUUUUCUCCUGUCUUUGUGGGAAGUGCCUUGAAGAACAAAGGAGUUCAGCCUCUUCUAGACGCUGUUUUAGAAUACCUCCCCAAUCCAUCUGAAGUCCAGAAUUAUGCCAUUCUCAAUCAGGAGGAUGACUCAAAAGAGAAAACCAAAAUCUUAAUGAACUCCAAGAGAGACAAUUCCCACCCAUUUGUAGGCCUGGCUUUUAAAUUGGAGGCAGGUCGCUUUGGACAGUUAACUUACGUUCGCAAUUAUCAAGGACAGUUGAAGAAGGGUGACACCAUCUACAAUACACGGACAAGAAAGAAAGUGCGGGUGCAACGGCUGGUGCGCCUGCACGCGGACAUGAUGGAGGAUGUUGAGGAAGCAUUUGCUGGAGACAUCUGUGCAUUGUUUGGCAUUGACUGUGCCAGUGGAGACACAUUCACAAACAAAGAUAAUAGUGGACUUUCUAUGGAGUCAAUUCAUGUUCCUGACCCUGUCAUUUCAGUAGCAAUGAAGCCAUCUAACAAGAAUGAUUUGGAAAAAUUUUCAAAAGGUAUCGGUAGGUUUACAAGAGAAGAUCCCACAUUUAAAGUUCACUUUGACACCGAGAGCAAAGAGACAAUUGUUUCUGGAAUGGGAGAAUUACACCUGGAAAUCUAUGCUCAGAGGAUGGAAAGAGAAUACGACUGUCCUUGUAUCACAGGAAAGCCAAAAGUUGCUUUCAAAGAGACCAUUACUGCCCCUGUCCCGUUUGAGUUUACGCAUAAAAAACAGUCGGGUGGUGCAGGCCAGUUUGGAAAAGUGAUGGGUGUCCUGGAGCCUCUGGAUGCAGAGAACUACACUAAGUUGGAGUUUUCAGAUGAAACAUUCGGGUCAAAUGUGCCAAAGCAAUUUGUGCCUGCCGUAGAAAAGGGGUUUCUGGAUGCCUGUGAGAAGGGCCCUCUGUCUGGUCACAAACUCUCUGGGCUCCGGUUUGUCCUGCAAGAUGGAGCGCAUCACAUGGUGGAUUCCAAUGAAAUCUCUUUCAUCCGCGCAGGAGAAGGUGCCCUUAAACAAGCCCUGGCAAAUGCAACAUUAUGUAUUCUCGAACCCAUUAUGUCUGUGGAAGUUACGGCCCCAAAUGAGUUUCAGGGAGCAGUGAUUGCAGGCAUUAACCGGCGCCACGGGGUGGUCACAGGGCAGGACGGAAUCGAGGACUAUUUCACACUGUACGCAGAGGUCCCGCUAAAUGACAUGUUUGGUUAUUCCACUGAACUGAGGUCAUGCACAGAGGGGAAGGGAGAAUACACAAUGGAGUACUGCAGAUACCAGCCGUGUUUGCCGUCCACACAAGAGGACCUCAUCAAUAAGUAUUUGGAAGCUACGGGUCAGCUUCCUGUGAAAAAAGGAAAAGCCAAAAAUUGACUGUCCCCAUUUACAUGGACUGACUUGAACUGAAUCUGCAGAGUUUAGAUUUUUAAUGGCUUCCAGUGGAAUGAGUUCAGGCAGAAACAAGAAAUUUUGGAAGCCCUGUCUAUUUUAUUCAGAAGCUCCUCUCUUAUCAAAGUCAAUUUGGUAUAUAUCUCAACUCCGUUGGCUGCUUUUGUAGUUCACUGAAAAGCCUCAAAUAAAAUACACUUAUUGCUGAAA